AAAGACGCGCAUCCUCUUCGAGGCUGUCUCAGUCAUGCUUGCGCGUCGAACUCCCGUCCGUUUGUUCCUAGCCUCUGGAAUAGGAUUCUUCGUUCUUUGCUACUUAUAUAUGUCGCGUCCACAAACCUCGACAGAGAUUGAACUUGGAAGGUUUGAAAAUGAGCCCAAGACCAAUGAGAUAAAGCAAUUCGAGAAAGAGCUAGUGGUUGCGAGCCUUCGUGGAGAUGACACUUCGUGGCUGGACGAUUUCUUUCCCGAUUGGAUAAAAAGCGUUUACGUGGCCAACGACAAUACCGCGCCGCUCACCGUUCCCGUAAACAAAGGCAGAGAAGCCAUGGCAUAUCUUACAUACAUCAUAGACCGCUACGAGGAUCUCCCAGACGUCGUUAUCUUCAUUCAUAGUCUGCGUUACCAGUGGCACAAUGAGGAUCCCAUGUAUGACGGCGUUCCGGUCCUCCUCAACCUCCAACUUAAUCACGUGAAAAAACGGGGUUAUGUCGCUCUUCGCUGCUCCUGGACUAUGGGCUGUCCUUCCGAACUGCACCCAUUAAAGCUAAGCUCAGAUACUGAUGAUCGAUCUAAGAGUGAAGCAGCAUAUGCUGCCGUCUUCAAAACUCUGUUUCCUAACUCGACAGUCCCCGAGGUAGUUGGAGCUCACUGCUCCUCGCAAUUCGCUGUAUCUCGCGAGCGAGUUCGCGAAACGUCGAAGGCGGAAUACGAACACAUCCGAAAAUGGCUUUUGGAAACCGACUUGGAAGAUCAGAUCAGUGGUAGAGUGCUAGAGUACACAUGGCACAUCAUCAUGCAGAUGCCAGCUGUUGAUUGCCAGGAUGCUGGGCAGUGCUUUUGCGAAACAUUCGGCCUGUGCAAUCUCACGUGUACAGAGAGCGGGUGCGACAAGCGAUACAAGCUGCCCUCAUAUUCCGUCAUACCACAAGGUUGGCCCGAAGUUGGCCCUGGAAGUGAAGGGUGGCCGGAACGUGGCUGGGCGGAUUGAAGAACUAAAA